AAAAAUUCCCCCAUCUAUCUUUCUUGAACCUCCUCUUACUCCAGAUUCUUCAAUUAUUUCUUCUUCUUCUUCUCCUUUUAUUUGUUACACAAAAUAAUACUAAUUUAAUCCCAAUUAUUUUUUCUAUAUCAAAAUAUUGAUCUUAGUAGCAACUAAUUAAGAGAAAAAAAAAAUGUCUUAUGCUUAUCUCUUCAAGUACAUCAUCAUCGGUGACACUGGUGUUGGAAAAUCCUGCCUUCUCUUGCAGUUCACAGACAAGCGUUUUCAACCAGUUCAUGAUUUGACCAUUGGUGUUGAAUUUGGAGCCAGAAUGAUUACAAUUGACAACAAACCUAUAAAGCUGCAGAUCUGGGACACGGCCGGUCAAGAAUCAUUCAGAUCUAUAACGAGGUCCUAUUACAGAGGUGCUGCUGGUGCACUUUUGGUUUAUGACAUUACUAGGAGGGAAACCUUUAAUCACCUUGCAAGCUGGUUGGAAGAUGCUAGGCAGCAUGCCAAUGCAAACAUGACAAUCAUGCUUAUUGGUAACAAGUGCGAUCUUGCUCACAGAAGAGCUGUUAGCACAGAAGAAGGAGAACAGUUUGCAAAAGAACAUGGUCUUAUAUUCAUGGAAGCUUCUGCCAAAACUGCCCAGAAUGUUGAGGAGGCAUUCAUUAACACGGCUGGAACGAUCUAUAAGAAGAUUCAGGAUGGGGUUUUUGACGUAUCAAAUGAGUCUUAUGGGAUUAAAGUUGGAUAUGGUGGCAUCCCGGGGCCAUCAGGAGGAAGAGACGGGUCAUCUUCUCAAGCAGGGGGUUGUUGCAGUUAAAAAAUGGAACAAUGUCUCUCUAUAAACAACUCUUUUCGGAUUUGAUGCAUAAUCUUUUUUAUAUUAAGAUAUAAAUUUGGUAAAUAUUUGUGUUUGCGGUGUGUAUUUCUUGCGUUUCUUCAAAAUCUGUAUGUAAAAAUAUUGCUUGUUUUUGGUGAUGAAUAUGCACAAUUGCUCUA